GAUUUCCCUACCCAUCCCAUCCUCAAACUCAGACUCACAUAUCCGCUCUUCAGCAGCGACCGGAGGCUCAGGUUCUUGAACACCUCCCACCGUCACACAGCAUGCUACCCGAGCCUCUCCUCUAGAAGUGAUGCCUGCUUUCAGCCCCCCUACACCUCUGCUGUGUGUCCUGCUGUGUGUGUCAGUAGCUCUGCAGCGCUCUGACCUGCGCCUGGCCUACGUGACCCACAACAGCUUUUUCUACUACUCCUGCAGCCAGAAUCCACAACCUUGCAGCGUCUCAUCACUAACAGACUGCAGAUGCAAGGACAUCCAGCUUGCCAUGCUGCACCGCCCCCAGUCACACUCGUCUCCUGUUUUCCGGAUGAGGCGUUUAACUGUUUGGUACACGUCGCCUUCAAACACGGCACGUCUGCUCAACAACUCCGAGGUGAGGCAUCUCACUCUAGUCCAUUGUGGUCCUGGGGGAUCCAGAGAGAAAACAUUUCACGGAUCAGUUCCACAGGAGGGACAUUUUGCUGUGCAACACCUGGAGAGGCUGACAGUGGUAAACCUGUCGCAGAAGCCAGUUCCAGAUGCAAACUGGGCCAAAAACACAGACUCAAAUAUUGAUCCAGAGAGGGAUUAUGGUGCUCACUUAGACACAAACAGAUACAGCAGGGACAGAGACACAAACCUGGACCUGAUUGCAGACAUAAACAGAAAUUCAGAAGCCCCGUCCUUGGCUUGGUUCUCACCCCAGAUCCAAGACAUCUUCCUGGGCAGGGAGCUCGGAGCGGCAUAUCAUGAACAGGCCAGACUGGGAAUCAUCCACAGCUCUGUGCUGGAGUUGGAAGCAGCGGUCAAAGUCUACACGGUCCAGACACACAUAGACAGCGACGGAGUACUACCCUUUCCUGACCUCCACCUGCCCAAGUUACCAGAGACAUCUGUCAUAUAUGUCAGUUUUGUGUACUGACACAAAGGGGAAACAACAAGAGGAAGAUGAUCCAGGAUACCUGAAUUUUGGUUGGAGAAUAAUCCCUUUAUCCUUUUAAAAUGGGAUGUAAAAUGGUUAUUAGUUUAUAGAUUAUGUUGCCUUUUGUUUAUAUAAGCUCACAUUUGGGAGGAAAAACAAAACAAAUCUUUUUAAUACAGUACCAAGCAAAAGUUUGAAGACAUUUUGAGAACUUCCCAUUAAAGCUGUAAGUUCAAUACUUGAAAAGAUACGAUACGAUACGAUACGAUACGAUACGAUACGAUACGAUACGAUACGGUACGGUACAGUACGAUACAAUGCGAUGCGAUGCGAUACGAUACGAUACGGUACGGUGAUGCGAUAUGAUUUGGCUUGCUAACAAGUAUGAGCAUGCUCUUGUUGUGAGCUACUUGAAUGGAGUGUGUCUUGGGUCAGGCAAUAAUCUGCACAAAUUCGGAUUUGAUUGUAAAGUUUAGUUUUAAGUUUCACAUAUAGGCUGCUGAACAGGCCGUACUGCAAUACAGCAUGACACUCUGAAUAACUGAUUUAAAAAAAAACAGAAAAGUAAUCUGGCUACUGGCUCCAAAAGAUUUGAGUCUAUGCAGAAAGUAAAUGUAAUGUUGUAUCUUCUUACAAAUAAAUUCAAUAUGAGGAGUCCAUGAUAGGGUGGUGUUAUGAUAGAUGUUUUAUAGGUUUAUUACUUAUAAAACAUUGUAACAGUGAACACAACAUUAUGAAACCAGUAUUUAUAAUAUAAAUAUAUAUAAAUAGGUAUUUUAUCUAGCC